ACAAAUUUCAUCUCAAUUGACCAAUUGCCCAUCUCCUCGAUCUCCAAAACCAGAAUCCCACACAACCACACUACCUACACAACCACAUCCUCAAACAAUCCAAUCAACAUGUUCCGCCAACAGAUUGCCCGCCAGGCUCGUCUUUUCAGCACCACACCCGUUGCCCGCAAGAGCCCAGUAGAAGUCAUCAAGGAUGCCGCAAAGGCAGUCGACAAGACAAUCUCAGGCGCCGCAGUAAAGGGCAUUGAGAAGGGCGAACAAGUCGCCGAGAAAGUCAAGGAAGUCACACCCGAGACCACCGGCCAAGCAAAGGGCCAGGCAAACGAGAUGGCAGGCCAAGUCAAGGGAAAGGCGAAUGAGGUUGCGGGCGAGGCCAAGGGAAAGGCGGCUGAGGUCAAGGGCGAGGCUAAGAGCAAGAUGUAAAGACGUCACCAGGACGUGCGUGGGAAAUGUUAUGAUGUAUAAUGACAAAGGAGGAUAAACCAUAGCGGUUUGGGGGAAGGAAAGACAAUGGCUGAGUUUUACGGCCGAUGCAUUGCAUGAAUGAAUGAAAGAUUUUCAGAACU